AUCCAAAACACACCAAACAAACUCACACCAAGAAUCACUUUUCGAACGAAAGAUGAAGCCCGUUAAGUUUUUCGUGGCUAUAACUACCAUCGUAGCAUUUCUCUCCACCGUCAGUGCUAAUCCCGUUGGUGGGUGGCAGCCGAUAGAGAACAUACACAGCUAUCGUGUACAGGAGAUUGCCAAGUUUGCAGUGGGAAUGCACAACUUGGAAAAUGGUUUCAAACAUCGCUUGAGACUCGUAAGCAUUCGGAGGGGCCUAGUCCAAGUGGUGGAUGGCUUGAACUACAAGCUCGACGUGAUGGCGGCCGGAGGCAACAGGCUCGACUCCGAUGGGAGUAUGUAUCGAACGGAAUUUUACGUGAGGCGUGGCGCAAUGGAGCUCAAGUAUUUCACACCUAUAUUUGAGGGAUUGAAUUAAAAUUCUUCAGGAACAAUAAUUUAGCCGUCUUUGAUUUUAUUAGUAUGUUUCAUAUGUUAGUUUGAUUAAUAAUUAGAGAUAACAUAAGCUUUUGUUGGUUAUCUAGUGAUGUUAUUAGCUGAUUUUGUCUUUUUUAUCUUAAGUAUGAGUGUGCCUUAACUGUUAGUGUCUCCGUUUUAAUUUAUACAAAUCUUUCCGCUAGAUAUUGUUAUAUUGCACCAAAUGUCACGAAUGACGAAGGUCAAAACCAACAAAUAUAUUUUAAAAGCCCCUUAUGGCUACCAUAUGACUUUAAUAUAACAACAAUUACUUA